AUGGUCCAAAGCCGACAAAAGCUCCUUGAAGCAGCCCUGAAGGGCACCAAGGCGCAGCUUGCUAAGACCAGAGAGCAAAAUGUAGAGCUCUCCGUGAAGCUCGAGGAAUCCGAGCGCGAACGAAAGGCCCUGUCUUUCGUGUCUCUUGGUGUGACACCAGAAGGGAAAGUAGAAUAUGUUCCAGAUCAGGUACAAAAGCCAACGGGUUUGGACAAGCCAGCUAGAGUAGCGAAGCGCUCACACAGCGAGAUCGAGGCCAGAUGCAAGGACUAUGAUACCGAUACAUGCAAGCGCCAGAGCUGUCUGCGAGCUCAUGCAGAGGAUGAAGGCUCAUACAAAAACCUGGAAUACCUUCCACAUAUUUCCAAAUAUGUGGUCAAUACAUCGGGAUCCAAGAAGCGUAAGACGGGAGGUGGUCUUGGCAGGAAGAAAGGGUUGUGA